UCUGUAUCAAUGGAAUCUGAUCAUCCAUACAUAACGAAUUGAUGUGGUAUAUUCAUAUCAUAACAUAUGAACAAACAGUAAGAACUCCAAUUCUUAUUGAGACUCGAACUCAUAGGGAAGAAAAUCGAUUUAUGGAUGGAAUCAAAUAUGCAGUAUUUACAGACAAAAGUAUUCGGUUAUUGGGGAAAAAUCAAUAUACUUUUAAUGUCGAAUCAGGAUCAACUAGGACAGAAAUAAAGCAUUGGGUCGAACUCUUCUUUGGUGUCAAGGUAAAAGCUAUGAAUAGUCAUCGACUCCCCGGAAAGGGUAGAAGAAUGGGACCUAUUCUGGGACAUACAAUGCAUUACAGACGUAUGAUCAUUACGCUUCAACCGGGUUAUUCUAUUCCACCUCUUAGAAAGAAAAGAACUUAAAUCCAAAUACUUAAUAUUAAUAGCAUGGCGAUACAUUUAUACAAAACUUCUACCCCGAGCACACGCAAUGGAGCCGUAGACAGUCAAGUGAAAUCCAAUACACGAAAUAAUUUGAUCUAUGGACAGCAUCGUUGUAGUAAAGGUCGUAAUGCCAGAGGAAUCAUUACCGCAGGGCAUAGAGGGGGAGGUCAUAAGCGUCUAUACCGUAAAAUUGAUUUUCGACGGAAUGAAAAAGACAUAUAUGGUAGAAUCGUAAGCAUAGAAUACGACCCCAAUCGAAAUGCAUCCAUUUGUCUCAUACACUAUGGGGAUGGUGAGAAGAGAUAUAUUUUACAUCCCAGAGGGGCUAUAAUUGGAGAUACCAUUGUUUCUGGUACAGAAGUUCCUAUAAAAAUGGGAAAUGCCCUACCUUUGACCGAUAUGCCCUUAGGCACGGCCAUACAUAACAUAGAAAUCACACUUGGAAAGGGUGGACAAUUAGCUAGAGCAGCGGGUGCUGUAGCGAAACUGAUUGCAAAAGAGGGGCAAUCGGCCACAUUAAAAUUACCUUCUGGGGAGGUCCGUUUGAUAUCCAAAAACUGCUCAGCAACAGUCGGACAAGUGGGGAAUGUUGAGGUGAACCAGAAAAAGUUGGGUAGAGCCGGAUCUAAAUGUUGGCUAGGUAAGCGUCCUGUAGUAAGAGGAGUGGUUAUGAACCCUGUAGACCAUCCCCAUGGGGGUGGUGAAGGGAGAGCCCCAAUUGGUAGAAAAAAACCCGCAACCCCUUGGGGUUAUCCUGCACUUGGAAGAAGAAGUAGAAAAAGGAAGAAAUAUAGUGAUAAUUUGAUUCUUCGUCGCCGUAGUAAAUAGGGGAGAAAAUCGAAUUUCUUUCUUCGUCUUUACAAAAAAAAUAGGAGUAAUUAAUCGUGACACGUUCACUAAAAAAAAAUCCUUUUGUAGCGAAUCAUUUAUUAAGAAAAAUUGAGAAGCUUAACACAAAAGCGGAAAAAGAAAUAAUAAGAACUUGGUCUCGGGCAUCUACCAUUAUACCUACAAUGAUCGGGCAUACUAUUGCUAUCCAUAAUGGAAGGGAGCAUUUGCCUAUUUAUAUAACAGAUCGUAUGGUAGGCCAUAAAUUGGGAGAAUUUUCACCUACUAUAAAUUUCCGUGGACAUGCGAAAAAUGAUAAUAGAUCUCGUCGUUAACAACAUGAAUAAGUUAUUAAAUAAAUAAGUUACUAAAUAGAUGAUUAGUGAUCAUUAGUAAGAGGUGAACCUUAUGACAAAGAAGAGAAAUAAGAACCCAUAUGGAGAAGUAUAUGCUUUAGGUCAACAUAUAUCUAUGUCUGCUCACAAAGCACGAAGGGUAAUUGAUCAGAUUCGUGGACGUUCCUACGAGGAAACACUUAUGAUACUCGAACUUAUGCCUUAUCGAGCGUGUUAUCCUAUUUUUAAGUUGGUUUAUUCUGCAGCAGCAAAUGCUAGUCAUAAUAUGGGUUUCAAUGAAGCAAGUUUAGUUAUUAGUAAAGCCGAAGUCAAUGAGGGCACUACUAUGAAAAAAUUAAAACCUCGAGCUCGAGGACGGAGUUAUGCAAUAAAAAGACCCACUUGUCAUAUAAGGAUUGUAUUGAAAGAUACAUCUUUCUAUGAAGAAGAUUUCUUUUGCUUAAAAAAAUCCGACUGGAAAAAAAAAAGAAGUACACAGAUAUGACAUAUCAUUAUAUGUAUAAUAUUGGGGGAUUAUGGGACAAAAAAUAAAUCCACUCGGUUUCAGACUUGGUACAACCCAAGGUCAUCAUUCUAUUUGGUUUGCACAACCCAAAAAUUAUUCCGAGGGUCUACAAGAAGAUCAAAAAAUACGAAAUUCUAUCAAGAAUUAUAUACAAAAAAAUAUGAGAAUAUCCUCUGGUGUGGAGGGAAUUGCAUGCAUAGAAAUUCGAAAAAGAAUUGACCUGGUUCAAGUCAUAAUCUAUAUGGGAUUCCCAAAGUUAUUACUAGAAGGCAAGACGCGAAGAAUCGAAGAAUUACA